AUGGGCGGUCAAGAAAGUAUAUCAAAUAAUAACUCAGACUCAUUCAUUAUGUCGUCCCCCAACUUAGACUCUCAGGAAUCUUCAAUAUCACCUAUUGAUGAGAAGAAAGGCACCGAUAUGCAAACCAAGUCGCUUUCAAGCUAUUCUAAAGGUACGCUUCUCUCUAAGCAAGUACAAAAUUUAUUAGAAGAAGCUAAUAAAUACGAUCCAAUAUAUGGGUCAUCUUUACCUCGAGGAUUUUUAAGAGAUAGAAACACCAAGGGUAAGGAUAAUGGGUUGGUUCCGCUGGUGGAGAAGGUUAUACCUCCCAUUCACAAGAAAACCAAUAAUAGAAACACAAGGAAGAAGUCAUCUACCACCACGAAGAAGGAUGUAAAGAAGCCAAAAGCUGCAAAAGUAAAAGGAAAAAAUGGCAGGACUAACCAUAAACAUACCCCAAUUUCAAAGCAAGAAAUAGAUACUGCACGAGAAAAAAAGCCAUUGAAAAAAGGUCGGGCAAACAAGAAGAAUGAUCGCGAUAGUCCUUCAUCAACAUUUGUUGAUUGGAAUGGCCCGUGUCUACGGUUACAAUAUCCAUUAUUUGACAUAGAGUACUUAAGAUCACAUGAAAUAUAUUCUGGAACUCCUAUACAAUCCAUUAGUUUAAGAACAAAUUCUCCACAGCCAACGAGCUUGACAUCAGAUAACGACACUUCCUCAGUAACGACAGCAAAGUUGCAGAGUAUUUUAUUUUCAAAUUAUAUGGAAGAGUACAAAGUCGACUUCAAAAGGUCAACAGCCAUUUAUAAUCCAAUGAGUGAAAUUGGUAAAUUAAUUGAAUACAGCUGCCUGGUCUUUUUACCUUCACCUUAUGCUGAACAAUUGAAGGAAACUAUACUACCGGACCUAAAUGCAUCAUUUGAUAACUCUGACACGAAAGGUUUCGUGAAUGCUAUAAAUUUAUACAACAAAAUGAUUCGUGAAAUUCCUAGGCAAAGAAUAAUUGACCAUUUAGAAACAAUUGAUAAAAUUCCUCGUUCAUUCAUUCAUGACUUCUUGCAUAUCGUCUAUACCAGGAGUAUCCAUCCGCAGGCGAAUAAAUUGAAACAUUACAAAGCAUUCAGCAAUUAUGUUUAUGGAGAACUUUUGCCCAAUUUCCUAUCUGAUGUAUAUCAACAAUGCCAGUUGAAGAAGGGUGACACUUUCAUGGAUCUCGGUUCGGGAGUAGGUAAUUGCGUAGUACAAGCUGCGUUGGAAUGUGGAUGUGCAUUAAGCUUCGGAUGUGAAAUCAUGGAUGAUGCUAGCGAUUUAACUAUACUGCAGUACGAGGAACUAAAGAAGAGGUGUAAGUUAUAUGGGAUGCGUUUGAACAACGUGGAGUUUUCAUUGAAGAAAAGCUUUGUGGACAAUAACAGGGUCGCUGAACUAAUUCCUCAGUGCGAUGUUAUCCUCGUAAAUAAUUUUUUAUUUGAUGAAGAUUUGAAUAAAAAAGUCGAAAAGAUACUACAAACGGCAAAAGUUGGAUGUAAGAUCAUAAGUUUGAAAAGUUUAAGAAGCCUCACUUAUCAGAUCAACUUCUACAAUGUUGAGAACAUCUUCAAUAGAUUAAAGGUGCAAAGGUAUGAUCUUAAGGAGGAUAGUGUUUCAUGGACGCAUAGUGGCGGAGAGUAUUAUAUAUCAACAGUGAUGGAGGAUGUGGACGAAAGUUUAUUCAGCCCUGCUGCAAGAGGUAGGAGGAACAGAGGUACGCCGGUGAAGUAUACCAGAUGA